UGUGAAUAGUGCUGGAAGGAGCUCUUACAUAUUUGUACGUCUGUGAUGUUGUGUCUUUUAACCUCUUUCCCUAGAUGUCGUACGACUUCUACAUUUUUCUAAUAGAGGUCUAUCUGCAGCGGAUGACCCCUUCUAGGGGAGAAGUUACGGUACCAUGAACACAGGCAGUCAAAUCCGCCUGUUACUGUGGAAGAACUGGACCCUCCGCAAAAGACAGAAGAUCCGCUUCCUGGUGGAGAUUGUGUGGCCGGUGGUGUUGUUUAUUGGUCUGGUGUGGCUGAGAAAGGCUAAUCCACUCUACAAGCAACAUGAAUGUCACUUUCCCAACAAGGCCCUGCCCUCAACAGGGAUUCUUCCAUGGAUCCAGGGCAUAUUCUGCAAUGCCAACAACCCCUGUUUCAGAUAUCCAACCAGAGGCGAAGCCCCUGGAGUUGUUUCCAAUUACAACAACUCCAUACUGGCCCGGUUCUAUGCCGACUCCCAGGAGGUGCUGUUCAACGACCCAGAGUUCCAGCAGCUGGGUCGGGUGUGGAGGGAGCUGUCUACCUUGAGCAACCUCAUGGACACUUUACGGAACAACCCUUCCCAGGUCUCAGGACGGGGGAUAAAGAUUGAGGACAUUCUGAAGGAUGACGAGAUGCUUACAGGUUUCCUGCUACGGGACGCCGGCCUGCCAGAGUCUGUGGUCCACUCGCUGGUCAAUGCCCAAGUGCGACUGGAGCAGUUUGCUUUUGGGAUCCCAGAUCUGCAGCUGAAGGACAUUGCCUGUAGCCAGGCUCUGCUGGAACGCUUCAUCAUCUUCCAGAGCCGCAGGGGCCUGUAUGGAGUCCGUAACGCCAUGUGUGCCCUCAGCCAGCAGAAGCUCCAGAAGAUCGAGGACAUCCUCUACACCAACGUGGAUUUCUUCAAGAUCUUCCGGCUGCUGCCCCGGGUGCUUGAUGACUACGCUGAUGGGAUUGACCUGUACUUCUGGGGCCAAGUGUUUACUGGAGUGUCAGAGAAGGUCCAAGUGCUGCUGGAGAGGAACAGCACCAAAGAGCUGAUCCAGGUGGUCUACCCGCUGUUCCAGGAGGGGGGUCCCUCCUCCUUCACCCAGCUCAUGUCCACUGUUUCAGGCCUGUUCUGUGGCUACCCAGAGGGAGGGGGCUCCAGGGUCCUCUCCUUCAACUGGUACGAGGACAACAACUACAAGGUCUUCCUGGGCGUCAACAGCUCCAAGAGCCAGGACAGCUACGCCUAUGACAAGACCGCCACUCCCUUCUGCAAUUCCCUGAUGCAGACUCUGGAGUCCAACCCUGUCACCAAAAUUGUGUGGAAUUCAGUCAAGCCCCUGCUGAUGGGAAAGAUCUUGUACGCCCCCGACUCCCCUGCCGUCCGACAGAUAUUAAAGAGUGCCAACACAACAUUUGAGGAGCUGGAGAGGCUGCAGAACAUGGGCAAGGCCUGGGAGGAGGUGGGACCUCAACUCUGGGCAUUCUUCCAAAACAGUGUCCAGAUGAACAUGAUCAGGGAUACGAUUGCAAACCCCACAGUGACACACUUCCUGGACCAAAGUAUGGAGGACACAGAGUUUUCCACCAAAGACAUCCUCAACUUCCUGUACAGUGGGCCAGAAGAGAAUAGGCAGGCUGGCCUUCCCAACUUUGACUGGAGGAACGUCUUCCAACUGACUGACCAGGUCAUCCGCAUGUUCAACCAAUACGGAGAGUGCAUCAGCCUGGAUAAGUUUGUGGCCCACACUGACGAGAGCCAGAUGACCCACCAGGCUCUGUACCUGCUGGAAGAGAACAAGUUCUGGGCGGGGCUCGUCUUCCUGGAUGUGUACCCCUGGACCACCUCCCCACCGCCGCAUGUCAAGUACAAGAUCCGCAUGGACAUUGAUGCUGUGGAGCGGACCAAUAAGAUCAAAGACAGGUACUGGGACCCUGGUCCGAGGGCUGACCCCAUGGAUGACCUGAGGUACAUCUGGGGGGGCUUCGCCUACCUCCAGGACAUGAUCGAACACGGCAUCCUCAAGAUCCACACUGGAAACGACUGGCCACUCGGCGUCUACGUACAGCAGAUGCCCUACCCCUGCUACGUGGACGACCUCUUCAUGCUGACCUUGAACCGCUGCUUCCCCAUCUUCAUGGUGCUGGCCUGGAUCUACUCCGUGUCCAUGAUCGUCAAGAGCAUCGUGCUGGAGAAGGAGUUGAGGCUCAAGGAGACCCUGAAGGCCAUGGGGGUCACCAACGGGGUCAUCUGGUACACCUGGUUCAUAGACAGCUUCCUCAUGAUGACAGCCAGCACGGCACUGCUCACCACCAUCAUCAUGUCAGGAAAGGUACUCAACUACAGCAACCCCAUCAUCGUGUUCUUCUUCCUGCUGACCUUCACCGUCACCACCAUCAUGCAGUGCUUCCUCCUGAGCGUGUUCUUCAACAAGGCCAACCUUGCGGCCGCCUGCAGCGGCAUCAUCUACUUCACCCUCUACCUGCCCCACAUCCUCUGCUUCGCCUGGCAGGACCGCAUCACCAAGAACAUGAAGCUGGGCGCGAGUCUGCUGUCUCCUGUGGCGUUUGGUUUUGGGACGGAGUACCUGUCUCGGUAUGAGGAGCAGGGUCUGGGUCUGCAGUGGGACAACAUCGGCACCAGUCCACUAGAGGGCGACGCCUACUCCUUCUUCACCUCCAUACGGAUGAUGGUGUUUGAUGCCGUGCUCUACGCAGUCCUGGCCUGGUACCUCGACAAUGUCUUCCCAGGGCAGUAUGGUAUUGGUCGACCUUUCUACUUCCCCUUCCAGUCUUCAUACUGGCAGAAAUCUGAGACCACCUCCUCAGACGCGGACGACGUCGUGAAGCCUGGUCCUGAUGUGGAUGUAGAUGUGGAAAACCUGGGGUCCCGACGCAGGUCCAUGUGCAACGGCUCUACUGGCAAGACGACCUGUAAGCACCAGGACAAGAGGGAGAGGCUGAUAAAGGACAGGGAGGAGAGGGAGGAGCAGCAGAGAAGGCUGGAGGGAGAAGAAAACCAAGAGGCUGCCAACGAGGAGGAAGACACAAGUAAGUUGUUCUUUGAGGCCGAGCCGCUGGGGCUCGUGAUGGGGGUGGAGAUCCAGGACCUGGUGAAGGUGUUUCCCGGGAGCCCUCGCCCUGCCGUCGACAGUCUCAGCAUCACCUUCUACGAGGGACAGAUUACAUCCUUCCUGGGACACAACGGAGCCGGGAAAACCACCACCAUGUCUAUCCUGACAGGCCUGUUCCCGCCCACCUCAGGCACUGCUUACAUUCACGGGAGAGACAUUAGGACUGAUAUGGACAUCAUCCGCACAUCUAUGGGCAUGUGUCCCCAGUACAACAUCCUGUUCAACCAUCUGACUGUGGAGGAGCACAUCCUGUUCUACUCCAUGUUGAAGGGGAGGACGAAGGUGGAGGCGCAGAAGGAGGUGGAGGACAUGCUGGAGGACCUGGGCCUCCCCCACAAGAGAGAUGAUGAGGCUCAGAACCUCUCUGGUGGUAUGCAAAGGAAGCUGUCUGUUGCCAUGGCAUUUGUCGGGGGGUCAAAGAUUGUUAUUCUGGAUGAGCCCACCUCAGGAGUGGACCCCUACUCCAGACGAUCCAUUUGGGACCUCCUGCUCAAGUACCGGACUGGUCGGACAGUUAUCCUGUCCACCCAUCACAUGGACGAGGCGGACCUGCUGAGCGACAGGAUCGCCAUCAUCUCCAAGGGACAGCUCCACUGCUGCGGCUCCCCCCUCUUCCUAAAGAACUGCUUUGGCGUGGGCUUCUACCUCACUCUGGUCCGACGCAUGAAGGACCUGAAGAAGAAAGAGAAUGAGUGUGACUGUGCCUCCGAGUGCUCCUGCACCUGCUCCACCUGCACCAAGUACAAGGACCAGUCCCAGAACCCGUCUGAGCAAAUGGACAGAGCCCUGGACGGUGAGGUGGACAGCAUCACAAAUCUAAUCCACCACCACGUUCCUGAGGCCAAACUCAUCGAGAUGAUUGGCCAGGAGUUGACCUACCUGCUGCCCAAUAAGGGCUUCAAGCACAGGGCGUACGCCAGCCUGUUCAGGGAGUUGGAGGAGACUCUGGGGGACAUGGGCCUGAGCAGCUUCGGCAUCUCUGACACCUCUCUGGAGGAGAUCUUCAUCAAGGUGACUGCAGACGGCGAGGCCGCACAAAAAAGCACACCAGAGCAGUGGAUGCUUCUGCAGAGGAAAGGCAAAGUUGGUGUGGAGGAGGAUGAAGAAGCCAAUGGGCUGGCGCAGACCAAUGGUGGGAGUAACCAGGGCAACUCGGACAGCAAUGCGGGGCGGGGCUCCAGGCAGGUGAAAGGUGCCAGUCUGGUGAUGAAGCAGUUCCACGCCCUGCUGGUCAAGAGGGUGCACCACGCCAUGCGUAGCUACAAAGACUUCUUGGCACAGAUCGUCCUGCCUGCCAGCUUUGUGCUUAUCGCCCUGAUCUUUACAAUGAUUGUCCCUCCGUUUGGGGAGUACCCCAGCCUCUCCCUCACCCCCUGGAUGUACGGACAGCAGUACACCUUCAUCAGUAAUGAAAUGCCGACACACCCAACAAUGAAACGCUUCACAGAGGUGCUGUUGGGAAGGCCUGGUCUGGGCACGCGCUGUAUGGAUGGAGAGCCUCUCGAAAACAUGCCGUGUGUGAACGUCACCACAGACUGGGCCAUACCUGAGAUCUCCUCUGUGGCCAGCAACAUCCUCCUGAGCCCAGAGUGGCACCCCCUCAACCCCUCCCCUUCUUGCCAAUGCAGCACUGACAAGAAGCUGACCAUGAUGCCCAUCUGUCCGGAGGGGGCCGGGGGGCUGCCCCCACGACAGAGGAAGCAGGCUUCAGGAGACAUCCUGAUGGACCUUACUAGGAGUAACAUCUCUGACUUCCUGGUCAAAACCUACCCCGAUCUCAUCAGAACCAGUUUGAAGAGCAAAUACUGGGUGAAUGAGCAAAGGUAUGGAGGCUUGUCAGUGGGAGGGCAGCUGCCAAUACUGGAUGUGGAUCCCAAGGAAAUCCAGAGUGUUCUGUCCCAGCUGGGCCAGAUGCUCAACAUCACUGGGGGUCCUUAUGCCAAGGUUUCCUUGAAAGAAAUUGGACCUUUCCUCAGGUACAUGGAGAGUGAAUACAACGUAAAGGUGUGGUACAACAAUAAAGGCUGGCACGCCAUGGUGUCCUUCAUGAACGUGGCCAACAACGCCAUCCUGAGGGCCUACCUGCCCCGCUACGCUAACCCUGUGGAGUACGGCAUCACAGCCAUCAACCACCCUCUCAACCUGACCAAGGAGCAGCUGUCUGAGGUCACUGUGUUGACCACAUCAGUGGACGCAGUGGUGGCCAUCUGCGUCAUCUUCGCCAUGUCCUUCAUCCCGGCCAGCUUCGUCCUCUACCUCAUCCAGGAGCGCGUCACCAAGGCCAAGCACCUGCAGUUUGUCAGCGGGGUCAGCCCUCUCAUCUACUGGGUGGCCAAUUUCUUCUGGGACAUGAUGAACUACAGCAUCAGCACUGCGAUGGUGGUGGCCAUCUUCAUGGCCUUUGAUAAGAAGUGCUACACUUCACAGACCAACCUCCCUGCCCUCAUAGCCCUGCUGCUCCUCUACGGGUGGGCGGUGACUCCCAUGAUGUACCCCAUGUCCUACAUCUUCAGCAUCCCCAGCACGGCUUACGUCUCCCUCUCCUGCAUCAACCUCUUCAUCGGCAUCAACAGCAGCGCCAUCACCUUCAUCUUGGAGCUGUUUGAAAACAACCGGUCCCUGCUGGCGUUUAAUGAGUGGCUGAAGAAGGGGCUUCUGGUGUUCCCCCACUUCUGCCUGGGGAGGGGCCUCAUCGACAUGGCCAUGAACCAGGCCGUCACCGACGUCUACGCACGCUUCGGUGAACAGUACAGCAUGGACCCGUUCAGAUGGGAAUUCGUGGGGAAGAACCUGGUCUUCAUGGCAGCGGAGGGCUUUGUUUACUUCCUCCUCAACAUCCUGAUCCAGUACAGGUUCUUCAUGGACCACUGGAUGUCCGACGGCAACAGAUCCAAGCCCGAGGACGAGGACGAGGACGUGGCCGCGGAGCGCCAGAGGAUCCACAGCGGAGGCAGCAGGAAAGACAUCCUGCAGAUCCGAGACCUUUGCAAGACCUAUGUGGGCCGGAAGAAACCAGCAGUGGACAAGAUCUGUGUGGGCGUUCCUGCAGGGGAGUGCUUUGGCCUGCUGGGGGUGAAUGGGGCCGGGAAGACCACCACGUUUAAGAUGCUGACUGGUGACACAGACGUCAGCUCUGGAGAGGCCACGGUCGCUGGCUACAGUAUUAAUGAUCAGAUGCUGGAUGUGCACCAGAACAUGGGCUACUGCCCCCAGUUUGACGCCAUCGAUGAGCUCCUCACAGGCAGGGAGCACCUCUUCCUCUAUGCCCGCCUCCGAGGCGUGCCGGAGGCGGAGAUCGCCAGGGUGGCGGAGUGGGGUAUUCAGAAGCUGGGUCUGACGGAGUACGCAGAGCGAUGUGCUGGGACCUACAGCGGAGGCAACAAGCGCAAGCUCUCCACAGCCAUCGCUAUGAUUGGCUGCCCAGCUCUGGUUCUCCUGGAUGAACCUACUACAGGGAUGGACCCCCAUUCGAGACGCUUUCUGUGGACCGCCAUCAUGAGUGUCAUUCAGGACGGGAGGGCCGUGGUGCUGACAUCACACAGUAUGGAGGAGUGUGAAGCUCUCUGCACUCGCCUGGCCAUCAUGGUCAACGGCACCUUCAAAUGCCUGGGCACCAUCCAGAACCUCAAAUACAAGUUCGGUGACGGCUACGUGGUGACCAUGAAAAUCAAGGCAGCUAAAUUGGGCGUGGCCCCGGACCUGAGCCCGGCUGAGAGCUUCAUGCACUGUAACUUCCCAGGGUGUGUCCAGAGGGAGAAGCACUACAACACCCUGCAGUACGAGAUCGCCUCCUCCUCCCUGGCCAGGAUCUUCCAGCUGGUAGCAGCCAACAAGGACAGGCUCAAUGUAGAGGACUACUCUGUGUCCCAGACUACCCUGGACCAGGUGUUUGUGAACUUUGCCAAGCAGCAGUCUGGAGAGGAUGAGGAGCUCAGGUUACACCCACGGGCAGCAGGUGCACGGAAAGAAAUCAAGAUUGCCCCCCUUAAAAGGAAAAAGUGAUGCGUAUACCGACACAAGCACACAUAGGCCUACUAGGAAAGAUCCAGUAGGCUGUUGUAUUGUUUGGCUGUAUAUUUGAAGGUUUGUGUGUUAGACUUUGGAAGUCAUUUUUGUAUGCUCAUGUGUUUGGUACAGCAAAAAAGAAUGCCCAAGUCAAGCUGUUUCAACACUAUUUUAGCUAGGCAUUGGCUGAUGAUGGUGGUUCCCAGAUAUGGUUUCCUUCCAUAUCCUGUACAACUGGUUUACAUAACCCAGAGGAUAGUAAUGCAAGUACACUGGAAGAUCGGUACAACAAAACAACAUAUAAAGCUUAAAACAUAGUCAUAUCCUAACAUUUUGCCUGGCUUAUCUAACUGUACAUACGGCACAGGGAUUGAACUUAUCCAGCAGCAUAGCUGUUUGUCUCUGUGAGCAGGCCUGUAUAUACCCCACUAAACACAGGGCAUUUUCACCUACUUUAACUUUGACAUAUAUAAAUAAAAAGAAUGGAUAAUGUGGGUUAGAGUGAGUUAUACAAAACACCUUUUCCCGGUUUUAAUUAUUGAUAUCAGUUUUCCAUUCAUGUCACUUACAGUGUUUGU